AUGGAAAACAAGUUGUUUCUUGGAACCCUAAUAUGUCUAAUCCCUGGGAUACACGCAACCAGCGGGGACGACCACAGCCCUUUGAUAAACCAUUACGCUGAUUACGAAACGAUUCAUCCCAGCGAAUACUACAGCUCUGAUUUCGAACUCAAAGACGGAACUAAUGUGAUCUUCGAAGCUAUCAACGAACUAAAAGGGAUCAAGAAACCAAAACAUUGGACUAGGUCUCUCCCUGGAGACGUGUUCUGAAAGUUCUUCUUUUACAGUUUUCCUAACGCAAAGGUGGUUACGUGCCAUUUCCGGUCUAAUUUGGGUUAUGUUAAUAUCUAUAUCGAGAUAACGCCGGCGCUUGGACGUCGGUGUCCUGGACAGUCAUACAGAUGCGUUUUAGCGAUCAGCCGUGAAGGUCUUAUGAAAGAUACUAACGAGCUUUUUCCUUGGACUCCUUGGCCUUAUCGUCAUACUCAACCUAAGUUGCCUGAGAUGUUUAUAAUCAUUUUAAGAAACAAAUGGAAGUCGGAUUUAUACUGA